UUGUUUGUGAAAAAAUGCCAACCCGUGAAAGAAUGUUGCGUUUGCGCUGUUCAUUGUUUAACAAUUUAAUUAAUAUUUAAACAAAUAAAAUCAUUUCGGUGUGUGGCUCAAUGAAGAUAACAAAUUGAAAAACUUUUGUUGUAAAAAACUUACAGAUAAACCUAAAGUUUGUGGAAAAGUGCUUCAUCUGAAACAAAAAAAACUAGCAUUCCAAUUGUUUUUGUUUGAAAAUUGAUUAUAGUGAUAUUAUUAUUGAGUAAAAUAGCAAAUAUAUAUUGUAUUAUAUAUUGUUUUUGCAUAUACUUUUGUGAGAAAUGAUACUACUUAAGUUUUAAUGAAAGGAAUUUUGCAAACGUUUGUCGUAUGUCUUCUUUUGGUACUUCGGUAUUUUUUCUCAAUGAAAACCGGACUAGUUGGUCAUAAUGAAGUAUUCGUUUAGAGACAGCCCCGGCCAAUGCAAAUAUAUGUAUGUGUUUGUGAAAUAGUAUAUGAUGAUAUAGGCUAUUACAACAACUUGUUAUUAAAAGUAAAUACAUAUAAACAUAUAUUGUUGCUCAAGACGUCGAGUGAAGCAGCAAAAAGUCAAGUAGCAACAGAUUGCCACAAUAGGUGUGUAACGAAAACUUGAUUUUUACCAGCUUCAUUUCUUGGCAUGUUCGCUUAUUUGACACAACACAAUAGAAUAUAACCUGGCUGAGUCGGCGCUCUAUAUUUUCCAGCUGACUGCGCAACGACGUCUAAUUAUAAUUAAAAUAACAUUUUGCCAUUUAAUACAAUCAACAAAUUAAAGUAAAACCUUUAGUUCAUUUGUUUGGUUGCGGAAACUGCAUUCUUGCAGCACACACACAAACACAUAAUGCAUCACCAUCAUCCGGUUGCGCCCACUCAGACGACUCCUAGUGCACCUACAGCCGCCGGGGCUUCUAUUUUACCGAACGUUAAUACUAUUCCUAGUGUAAUUAAUGCAGCUAGCGUUAAUGCUCCCAGCACGAGUACAGGCACAUCUCAUGUUCAACAGCGGCGUAGAAAGAAACGGCCAAAUUAUGGUACGCGUACUGUAGAGGUGCGUCGUGGUUAUAAUGGAUUCGGUUUCACCAUAUCUGGCCAACAACCCUGUCGCCUCUCAUGUAUAGUUGCCAAUUCGCCGGCAGAUCAAGCAGGGCUGCGUGCCGGCGAUUUUUUAAUAUCUGUUAACGGUUUAAAUGUAUCCAAGCUACCGCACGAAACUGUUGUACAGCUUAUCGGGAACUCGUUUGGCAGCAUACGCAUGCAAAUAGCCGAGAACUACUACUCCGAUAGUUCGGAUGAGGAAAAUGCCGCGCUUAUGUUACAACAGCAAACGACAGUAUCAGGAUUGAAUGGUGUGCUCGCAAACCAAUUGGGCUUAAGUGCCGCUGGGACACGGAGCAAACCACGUUUUCUACAUCACAAAGCAAAGAUGCAUCGAUUACGCAAUUCACCACAAAAGAAGCGAACAGUAAGCUUACAUCAACAACAACAAUUGGCACGUGCUGAACAAUUAUCGAAAUGUGUGUCAGCGUUAAAGCCCAUGGAGUUGCAAAAAUUGCGUCCACUAAUAGAGGAUCUCCCUUUGCCAGCCGUUGGACCGGUAUAUGCAUUGCCAAGUAGUAGCGUGCCAAAGGUAGCCGUAGCUGGCAUAGCAGCGCCGUCCAACUCUGCUGCCGAUCUUGCAAAUGUUAAUGCAAUGGCGCGUGCCCCAGCCGCUGCGUUAGAAUAUCGAGCCAUAGUCGGUUAUUUGGGUACAAUUGAAAUGCCUAAACAGAUUUCCCACAGUUCUAAAUUACAGACAGUGCGCUCUUGUAUACGCAAAUUGCGUCAGGAAAAGCGUCAACCAAAUAUGGUAUUAAUGACUAUACUACCCGACUGCCUUCGUCUACAAGCAGCCAAUGGCAAUACACUUGCUAGUUAUGCCUCUGAACGAUUGAAUUAUGUGAGCUCAUCAUCCGAAAGUGAGAAUCGCUUUUUCGGUUUGGUAACAAGCGCCAUACACACUUCACAAAUGGACGAGGAAGACGAAGAUGAUGAUGACUUGAAUGUACGCAAUCCAGUUGUAGGUGCUGCAGGUGGCAAUAAUGGCAACGCACAUAUCAGUAUUUCGAAUAGCUGUCAUGUUUUUGUUGUGGACACAAAACUGUGUGAACACCAGGCGCAUGUGCCACGCGCAGCCGAAUUUCGUAUUCACUGCACACGCGAUCCCAUAUCGAGCUUGUGUCUAGAGUUCCCAAACAAUUCAGAAUAUGUCGUGAAUCUAAUACGCAGCAUGUACACAAUGCGCAUUAUGCCACCGGUUAUUAGACAUCGUGCAGGCGAUGAUAUUGUUAACGGUUAUGGCGGUGGAGGUGGCGGUCCAGCAGCAGCUGCACAUUCACCGCAGCCCAGUAAUCAUAGUGAAAUGUCUACAACUACAUCUAAUUCGGAUUCUGGCAUCGGAUUUCAUAAUGAUUGCAAUAAUAUAUCUGAUCGUAUACUUGUAGUCGAUUUUCCUGGCGCUCCUGAGUUGCGCAUGCGUCCGAUGGGCGCACGUCCUUUGGCCAUCUUCAAUAAUUAUGAUAACGUUACAGAAAGACGAGCAGUAGUUCGAGCAAUGCCUGAAGAAAGUGCACUACUGGAAAAUGCUGAUUCACCAUCCACAAGCAACUCACGCGGACAAGCUGUACGGCCAAAUCUGCUUGCCAACUUCAAUUUAAUCAAGAGUCCAGCAACUUCGCUGCAAACAACACGCUCCUGUGACGACGUGUUGACAUUGGUCGAACGUAGCGCCGACGAUGGCGAAGCAGCCACAUUGGAUCAACACCCGAUCAUCGCACCACACGCGUCCAUGGAUGAUAUUUCAUUGCACUCCACAGCACCCUCUGCCUCCACCAUAAGUUGUUCCGCUGCUGACGAUCAUCUUUUCCUACAUCCAGCCGCAUGUAUGCUAGCAAUGCAACAUCAGAAGCAACGUCCCACUGCCAGUCAAGUAUAUGCAUUGUUGCAGGAUUGUCUAUCACGAGCACGAAAUGCCAGACAAUCACUACCGGCCCAAACAGCUUGCCAAAUUUUACCCAACACUCAUGAUUCACAUGCUGAUGCGGCUUCUGGAGCCAUUGUUGGGCCAAAUAAACGUCACUCAUUCGGGUUUGAAGCAUCGGAUAUUACGCCACCUACAUCGACCCUUACAGCAGGCAAUUUCGAUACGAAUGUUUGGAAAAGUUUGCAGGAUUUGCGUGACAAUGAGGAGGCAAUGGUGCCACGCAUCCCAGACGGCAUCAACAGUGAACCGGAUUUGCUGUCAAAGCGAUACAAGCAAACAAUGUACGACACAAAUAGUCGAAUAAAUGCAAAUAACGCGUUUGAAAAAGGUAGAUUGUGCAAGAGCUUAAAAAACAUUUCUAAACAAAAACAUAAAAAACUUACAACAAAUAAGAAAAACGUCUCACUACACAAAGUGCAGAAACAAUUUGCGAAAAGUGAAGAAAUAAAUCGUACAACAAAUCAACAAAUAAGUACUCCGCAAUCACACACAACUAUUCGACAACAUUUAGAAAACAACAACAACAAUAACAACAAAAAUCAACUAAACCAAAAAAUCCCAAAGCAAAAUCAAAAAUCUUCACAACAGUUCCUUGCAUCAACACAAGAGCCGAAAUCCCGUUGCAUUUUCAAAAUGGUUGAACGUUUUGUCGAGACACUCAGUCAAAUCAACGACUCUACCACCUUCGAUGCAAGCUUCGAGAUCAAACACAUACCGGAAACACCGCAGCGGCUGUUGCGUCAUCGUUGUGUCACCGAGUUGGAUCGCGAGAAGCUCGCACGCUUUGUGCGUGACUUUGAAGUGCGCCACCAACAACAGCAACCACAAAAAGACGCGUCAACUGAGCCACGUCCUUGUCGGCGCAACAGCACCAGCAAUGCGCGCGCCACACCGAAAAACUCACCAUAUCUUUGCCGCAAAGCAAAAGCGUUCUAUCAGAAUGUCUUCAACAGCGGCAGUACAAGUGCGCAAAGCAGCCGCAGCAAUUCACCGCGUGCGCCAGCAAAUUGGUUGCGUGAUGCCAGCACGCCGGAUACUCAAUCUACACACUCCGAUUUGGGCUCUGCCGACAGUCAAACACAAUUGGAUGAACUGCCCACAGAGCUUACAUCAAUCCAGGCUAACCAGGAACCACAAACAAAAUGUUGUAAUCACUUCCAACGUUCACAAUCCGAGCGCACCAGUUACCGUUCGGCCGCUAAGGUGUUGCAGUUUUUCUCCGGCAAAAAGAAGUGUAAAGCAAAUGAAACGGAAGUGAGCGCUAGAUGUGCGCGCAGCUCGACGGCUUCACCUACGCCGUCACGCGCUGCCGCCACGCUUGGCUGUCAACCGUUGCCGCAUUCCGAUGUGGAAGACAACAUUGAUGAUGCUUACUACUUUGAAGGAGUUGCUGUUGACGUCGGUGACGAGGAGGAGGAGGCGGAACAUGAUGAUGGCAUCUCUUCAGCCGGUUCAAACAUCACGCAAUCCAGCGACAGUCGUAAUUAUACGCCAGAUUCCUCCUUCGAGCUGCAUUCACCGCUGGUGCCCACAUUCAAGGUCACACCACCUCAACUCAACAAAGGCGUACGUAAUCCUGCAUACGAGCUUGCGCGCUUCAUACGCAGCUCUUUUCAUGCUAAACGUGCCUCUGUGACAAAAUUACGUCGCUCAAUCAGUGAUUUGGAAACAAUACAACAUAUUGACUUUACGCAACCGCCUCUGGAACAGCGUAGUAAAAGCAAGAGCAGCAGUAGAAACGGCCGAAGCGGAAGGAGCAUAAAAGGCGUGAAAUCAACUCUUGUGGAGACCAUGACGCCAGCGCAUAACUUACCUAAUCCCAAUCUCCCCGCCAAUGCCUCACCAUUCCGUCGUGCCUGGGGUCAAUCAUCCUUCCGCACGCCUCGCACUGACAAACACGCCCAUCAUCAGCUGCAAUUGCAGCAACAAUCCGGCCAACAUCAGCAUCUCAGUCCAUUAGUGCGACGCAACGCAUCGAUGACCGCCUCCGACAACGAUGUCUACAUCAAGUCCAUACAUCACAAUGACUACCAUGAUGAGCUCAAGCAAACCCAGAUAGCAGCGGCCGCGGCAGCACUGGUUGCCGCAAGAAAUGCGCAUGCAGUGGCGGGUACAACAACGUCAAACCACAGCAGUAUCAGCAACAGCAACAACAACAACAGCAGCAGCAGCAGUAAGAACACAAACGCCCACUUAAAGAUACCACAACUGAAGACGACAUUGGCACCACCCACAGAAACUGGUGUCACUGGUGUUGCUGCCUGGGGCACCGCAUUUGAGCGAUUGCUGGAAGAUCCCGCUGGCAUGCACACAUUCGGCGAAUUCCUGAAGAAGGAAUUCUCCGCAGAGAAUAUCUACUUUUGGACCGCUUGCGAACGUUACCGUGCGCUAGAGAGCAGCGCUGAGCGUGCUGCUCAAGCGAUGGCCAUAUUCUCAAAACAUCUAGCCAAUGGCGCAUUAGAGCCCGUGAAUGUGGACUCUCAGGCGCGUAAUUUGACACAGGAGAAAUUGGACAGUGCCGAGCCAGAUAUAUUCGCGCCGGCGCAGAAGCAAAUAUUCAAUUUAAUGAAAUUCGACAGCUACCAACGUUUUAUACGCUCCGACAUGUACAAGAGUUGCCUGGAGGCGGAGGAGAAGCGGCAACCAUUGCCGUACAAAGCAGAAGAUUUAGAUGAAUUACUCAAGACGCCAGCGCAUCAUGUGAGCACUGUAAGCAGCAUAGUCUCAAAGUUGAAGAAGUCCGCCAGCAAUGCGGAGGAUCGUUGUCGCAAAAGUUUGCUGCCUUGGCAUCGUAAAACGAGCUGUAAUAAAGCGCCACGUGAUGCAGCGGAUGGCACAAGUGAGAGUAAGACUGCCAGUAAUAAGCACGCGCCACUCUCUAGUCACUCACUGAAAGUGGCGCCCACACACAAUUCCCAAAGCGACAUACACAGCUCGCGCUCCUCGCUCUCCUCCUUCGAUGGCCUACCCGGCGCUUCCAUAUUGCCCGGCACAUGUCGUGUCAUUCUGAGUGACGCGUCCACAACGAUGGUGCAGGUGCGUGCCAAUGAAACCGUUGGUCAAUUAGUCGAACGUUUGCUGGAGAAGCGUGGUCUUAGCUAUCAAUACUACGAUGUUGUAGCCAAGGGCACCACAAAAUCUAUUGAUUUGCAAUCCCACUCUCAAAUGCUGGUCGGCAAAGAUGUGCAAAUUGAGCAGCGAGUUGCAUUCAAAAUGGAUUUGCCCGACCGCAAAGUUAUCUCUGUGAAAAGCAAGCCCAAAAAGCAACUACAUGAAGUAGUACGCCCGAUUCUGCAUAAAUACAACUAUGACAUCGAUGCGGUACAAGUGGUGCUGCGCGAAACACAAGAGCCAGUCGACUUGUCUUUGGCUGUGACAUAUGCUGAUGGUCAACGUUUGCAGGCGAUAUGGCUAAAGCCACCGACUCUGCUGCACACCAGCGUUUAUCAAAACGGCAAUGGGUGCGGCGGAAAAGUUGCCAAAGCGUCAUCAACUGGGCCGAAGAGCGUUUCAUUUCCGAGCGUAGUGAAGCAAACAAAUGGCGGCGGCUUGCGGUCGUCGAAUGGCAAUGGUGUAUCAGUGAAUGCACUACCAUCCCAUGCAGCACAGAGUGCGUUGGACGAGAUCACGAACAAAGUGUUUACCGAACUGAUGCAAGUCAAAGUGGAGGCAGCGAGUGCAGAAAAGUCUCAACCCCUGUCAACGUUCAACAACAAGGUUAACGAUCAUGCUUCGCUUAAGUCCGAUGACUGCGCUUCGGAGACUUCUUCGAUCUUUGAGCGCAUACGCCGUCGCGACACCAAUAUUCAAAGUCUGAAACUAAAACUAAAGAAACGCUCGACAAGUAGUCAACAUUCCGAGGAGACAAACCAAAGCAAUCAUACAACGGCUAGUACUGGCCAAUUGUCAGCACCAACAGUGGUGAGCAAUGCAGUGUUGGAUAUAAAGAAACCUAUUAUUGCAAAACUAAAAGCAGGUGUGAAACUACAAAUGCCGGAGCGAGUAGCUGAAAAUCAAGAUGAACUACUCGAGGGCCUAAAACGCGCCCAAGCCCGCUUGGAAGAUCAACGCGGUACAGAGAUUAAUUUCGAACUGCCCGAUUUCCUAAAGAAUAAAGAAAAUCUCAAUGCCUCCAAUGCGCUGCGUAAAGCGCGUGCCAAUCUAAGUCCCAUCACCAAACCACCCGCACAUGUUGCCAUUGCAGCUAGUGAGGAGACACCCCAACCACCAACACCGCAACAAGAACGUCCGCAGCCCGCGCCACGUCUUUCUAUAACAAAUAAAUUGAAAGCCAACACACCUGCAACACCCGUUAAGCAAGAACAACAGGAGACAGGUUCCCAAACAACAACCACACCGCAGGCCAACACUUCAAACUCCUCAUUGGAAUCUGAAUACGGUGGUGGUACAACGGCGACAAUUAACAAUUGCAAGGGUCCACCGCCUCUACCACCCAAACCCAAAGUGUUACCCAUUAAGCCAUCAAAUUGGGGUGUCGCUUCCAGUUCAUCAACGAAUACAUCGCCCACAACACCCUCAUCAGCAUCUUUAGCAUCAUUACCGAUGGCGUCACAAAAAAACUACACUACAGUUGGCUUGUCUAACACUGUCACGGCCGCGGUGGAAGAUGCCCCAAUGCUGUUACAUGUCGCGAGUAAGCAUUUUACUGCUAACGAAAUGGCGCCACCGCGUAAGUCCCAUUUAAGUAUUGCGACUGAACCGACGCCAUCGGCGCGCUGUGCUUAUCUCGAAGAGCCGAGUAGUAGCUUUGUUUGAGUGAUGGGAGAGAGAGAGAGUAAAAGUGAAAUAUUAUUAGAAAAUUACAUGACUUCCAAUCCCCUUUUCCAUUCCAUUUCAUUCGUCUCCCCUUUGCCAAAACCUAUUGCGCAUGCCUAUUUAAGUGAUAUCUACUGGAGAAAGUAUAUAUAAGAGCAAAACUCAUCAAUUAAUGCUUAUAUUUACUUACAUACAUACAUGUAAUUGUAUAUCGUGCACACUUGCUUAUUUAUUCGCAUUUCUCAUUUUAAUCCAUUGAUAUUAUACAAUUAUGAUUUUAUCAACUUAAUUGUAAAUAUUUAAUUUAGCAUAUAUUUUAUUUGUUAAGAAUAUACUUACAUAUAUACAUACAAACAUGAAAUAUCUACUAAGUGUUUUGAAGCAACUCCAAACCUUUAAAGAAAUUAGUCUCGUCUACAACUAUUCACCAAUGGUAUUUAACGGAUAUUUUGAACAAUGUUAAGUUGGUAUUUAUACAAAAAAUAUAUAUUUUGUAAUUGUACAUAUGUAUGCAUACCACGAAAACUGCGAAAUUUUAACGAAUAAAGGAUUUUUAUAAUACAAUUUUAA